AUGUCCAGACUUUUGAAGGAAAGUAAACGGUAUGGUGCCAACAUGAAGAGGUUGCAUCCUCUUGUCAAGGCCCAUUUUGACAACAUAAACAGAAAAGGUCAGAUCCCUGCGGUCAGAAAUGAUCUUCCUGCUGUUCGAGAAGAGAAACAAUUCAAAUCAUUGGAGGAUUGGAAAUACACCGUUGGAGACAAGGUGAUGAUUGUCAAAGGCGCCCUUAAGGGAACAGUAACUUCAAUUAUAAGGACCCAAAAGGAAACUAAUGGUUUUAUGUUAGAAGAUGGGCCCACUAAAGAAGUUGUCAUCCCUCCCAACUACUGGCUUCAAAGUGAGUCUUCACAUGUCGUCGAAUAUCCUAAAGUGGUCACUUCAGAGUAUUUCAAGCUAGUGGGAACAAUUAAGGAUGAGACUUCUGGCGAAAGCAGACAAAUUGCCGCCAAUGACGUAGUUUUCAGAGGAAAGUACUGGGAUGAAGACUACAAGAAGAUGAUGCCAUAUAGAUGCAUUAAGAAUAAAGAAGAAUAUAUUAUACCAUGGCCUAGACCAGAUAAACCAGAAGACGACAAGUUUUGCACAGAGGAGGCUGUCGCAUUAGAGAGAACAUAUGAGCCCGUUUCCAUUUUCGAAUCUGACAUCCCCAGUGAUUUGAACCUUAGAGACCCCCUGGCUAAACGUAAAUCACGAUUCGAGAGAAAGCAACAACUCCUAACCAAGAAGGAUCUCAAACUUCUUCAAUCUCCAGCUAUGCCUUACUCCGAUACCAAGAAAGCAUUCUUCCGUGAACGAGCUGAAAUAAGGAGCAAACAAAUUACAGAAAUGUCUGCAGAGGUUGCUGACUUUAUCGGUAAGAGAGUUGCUGAUCAUUUGAAUAAGAUCAAAGAUCCUUACAUGUGGCAGUACAUCAAGAAGGUUUCUGGUGAUAGAAAGAAACGGUGA